CUUCAUCUUAUUAUUAAUUCUUAUUAAUAAUUAGUUAAAUUAUAAACGUUAAAUCACAUUUGAGAUUAUAUACAUUGAGAGAAAAAAAAAGAAAAAAAAAUUAAUAACGUUAAAUAAAAAAAAUUAAGUUUGAUAAAAAACUUAUAUAAACGUGAAAUUACGUUUGAAAUAUAUACAUAUAUAUAUAUAAAAUUUUUUUAACGUGAAGUUUCAUUAUUUGUGUUUGGUGUAUGUGUUAGCUUAUAUAGCUUCUAUAUAGAGAAACAUAUAUAUUACAUAUUAUGCAUGCAUGCAUACAUAUAUAUCGUACAUACGAAUACAUUAAAAAAAAAGAAGGAAAUUAACUUCUAUCACAACUUUCGCUAAAUUUGCUGAAACGAUAGAUCGAUCGAUCUCGAAGAAGUCUAGAUCGAUUAGAAAAUCGAGAUUAAGAUUUUUCUUCUACGUCAUCGUUUCCUACGAAUCGGAUGAUAUUAUCGAGAACCAAUCGUGCGAAGGUUUAUUUUUCUUUGGGCUCGUCUGACGAUGCAGGAUAGGAACGUUGACGUUCAAGAGGGCAUAAGAUUUCGGAGCGUUCGCAGAAGGCUCUUUCAAGAGGACGAAGAAAUAGGAGGUGGUCGAACGCGUGAUUUAAACACUGGCAUUGAGGACAACGUUGCUAAUUGCUUCUUCGAGGAGGUCCGCAAACAUCGAGAAGAGGCUAAAAAAAGAUGGAACUUCGAUUUCGAGAAGGAAAUACCUCUGCCAGGUAAUUACCAAUGGGUAAAACUCGACCGAGAUGGGAACGAAAUUCCAAUGAUCACGGAAGCUCAGAACAAAACUGAGAAGAUGGAAAAGAAUAAGAAUGACGUUGAGGAGGAGGAGGAGGAGGAGGAGGAGAAGGAAGAGGAAGAGGAAGAGAAGAAGGAGAAGAAGAGAGAAAAAGAGAAGGAUAAAGAGGAAGAGGAGGAACCACCGGAAGAGAAAGAAGUUGAUGGGGACGAUAAAGCUGAGUCGAGAAGGCAAAAAGAUCGAAAUAAUUCUCGCAUAGUCGACGUCUUAUGAUGAACUACUCCAACUGCGAAAAAUGAGCCAUCGUGAUAUUACUCGUAUUUCUAAGAAAGAAAGUGUGAGAUAGAAAUAGACAGAGAGAGAGAGAGAGAGAGAGAGAGAGAGAGAGAGAGAGAGAGAGAGAGAGAGAGAGAGAGAGAGA